AUGUCUAUAGUACAGCCUAUCAUCCGAGACGUCGUCAUCCACGACGAUGACGACUGGGACUCAGUGUACCAUGUCGAAUGGGAACCCGAUGCCAACUUCUUCACUGGCUCUGAACUUCGACCCAGAACACCACUAAAUAAAGCUACAGCCGAUCGCCAAAUCACACUAGCCCGCGCCGCAGCCUUGAUAAUUCGCGCAUCUCUCAACAACAUCCCUCUGGAUAUCCCGGACUUUGAACCCUCCAAACUUACCGGCUUCCGAAAGUCGUUGUAUCAAUGGAUGCAAUCGUAUAACUCGUCUCAGUCGAGUAAACUGGUCUUGGGCGAUGUGACGAUGACUGUCACGAUUGAGAUUUUAUCGUCGCUUAUGCGUAUGGGUGUUGAAGGGGAGAUUUUGGCCAAGAUUGGACCGAACCUAGGAGCUAUUCUGCAAGGAACUAUGGAUCCGAUGCCGCUGCUUUUGGAAGGAAAUAUGUUUAAUCGGAUGCAGGAUGGUAUGGAACUGAUGCAGAAGAUGAGAGCGCAUCUCGGACAAUAUCUCUCAUCAUAUGCCACAAAGAAACCUGUUUUGAACGUCCUCGAAGUCGUCGCCAGCACGAGCAACAACACCCAGACGAUCUUCGACGGGCUGCGAGAACAGAAGAGUGUCUCGUAUACUCUUACCGACUCCUCGCUAUCAGUACUAGAGCAGACCAAGGCGGGCAUCACCAAAGACUUCCUCAAGCUCAAGAGUCUGGAUAUCAACCGCGAUCCUAUGGAACAAGGCUUCAGUCCCAAUACAUACGAUGUUAUUCCCGUCAAUAAUGUCCUCCAUACAGCCAAUUCCCUUUCAGAAACACUGGCCAAUUUACGCAAACUCCUCGUCCCUGGAGGUGUCCUGGCCCUGGUCGGAUUGUCGGAUAUAUCACCCGCUUACAGCCUUAUCUUGGGUAUGAAUGAGAAUAUGUGGUCAGGUGCGUGUUCUACUGCUCAGGUUAGCGAUAUGGAGUUACUAACCAGUGAUCUAGAUGAACGUUGUGAACAAUUGCCAUAUCCCUCAAACGAUGACUGGAACAAGCUGCUGCAGGGUAAUCAGUUCAGUGGUCUCGAACCAGCAACGAAGACAUUUGACUACAUCGGCCAAUCAUGCUAUUGUGUUAUCUCUACAGCCGUCGCUUCUACUCAGCGCUUCAUGGUUAACAUUCUUCCGGGCUCUGAUGGUAGCUUGUUCGGCUUUGCGGAACAACUGGCUUCUGUAUUAGCGGAGAACGGCACGGCGUCUACCAUCACGCCAACAAAACUGCAAGAUAUCUCGUCGCGAUUUGUUUACGUCGUUCUUGAUGAUGGAUCCAGCUCUCUGAACGAGUAUGAAAGCCUCCAUAAAGCUAACAACGUUCUUUGGAUCAACAUAGGGGCCGGACUCCCGUCACAGCGUGACACGAGCAUCAUCACCCGUUUCGCUCGCGACGUUAAGGAGGACAACGAAAGCCUCAAACUCGUGAAAUUAGACGUCAAGCAGGAGUAUCCAGAGUAUGCAGACCUUCUCAAGGUCAUCAUGCGAAUCAUUCAAGUGUCCUUCCAGGAGGAUCGUGGUUCGAGAACAGAGUUGGAGUAUGAGUAUCGCAAUGGGAAAGUUCUUGUGCCGAGGGUAAAGGGAUCUGGUGUGACACAGAAGGUUGCUUGA